CUAAUUGUACCUGAAGGUAUAUUUAUCGGUAGUAGUUUUGUAUUCAAAAAGAAAGGAUUACUACAAUCUGUCAGCGAAUCAGGUGGUGUGGCUGGAGAAGGAUACACAUAUCUUAAAUCCGCCAUGUGGUGGACAGGAAUGAUAUUAAUGAUUGUUGGGGAAUUAUGUAAUUUUAUAGCCUAUGCUUUUACUCAGGCUAUUCUGGUUACACCAUUAGGCGCGCUUAGCGUAGUGAUUAGCGCUGUACUAUCUUCAAUAUUUCUUAAAGAAAAAUUAAGUUUCCAAGGCAAAAUAGGAUGCUUACAAUGCAUUCUGGGUGCAGUUAUUAUCGUGCUACACGCACCUGAAGAAAGCCAAGCAGAUACAACGAUCGAGACAUUUAAAAAAUCCGCGCUUUCAGUUGGUUUUCUUGUUUAUGCAGGAUUAGCCGUCUGUAUUUCACUCUUCUUAAUCUUUUACUGUGGGCCAAGAUGGGGAAAAAAGAACAUGCUGGUCUAUAUCGUGAUCUGCUCUUUGAUUGGCUCUAUUUCAGUAGUCUUCACUCAGGGGUUAGGUUCAGCGAUUGUUCAUACGAUCACAAAUAGAGACGAGAACCAAUUCACAAACUGGUUCAUUUACGUUGUCUUGGGUAUCGUCAUUGUCACACUGAUUAUCGAAAUUGUCUAUCUCAAUAAGGCUCUCAAUUUAUUUAACACCGCACUCGUGACUCCAACCUACUAUGUCAUUUUUACUACACUAACCAUUGUCAGUUCGAUUGUCUUGUACAGAGGCUUUGAUACAUCCGCUGUAAAUAUUGCUACAUGCGUACUUGGAUUUCUUUGCAUUUGCUCUGGUAUAGCAUUAUUGCAUAAUUCACGAGGCGAC